CUCCUGAGCCCUGUCCAUCCUUCAUGCUCAGGACUGACUCCCCGUUUCGCAUGAGUGAUGCGAGGUUGACUCGUCGUUGAAACCCAGCGGUUUGUGUGAGAAGUGCUUUUCAGGAGUGGCAGGUUCUUCAACGCCCCAUUGCCAAUUUCUGACCUAUCAACUGUGCGUUCAGGGGAAAAGAAGCAAGCGCCGGGAUCAAGCCUUCACCGCCGCACCUUGAGGAAGGGGAAGAAAAAAAUGGCGGAAGAUCCCUUGCUCGGGACGCCCGCCGGUUGCCUCCCCAAAGGGAAAUGCCAAGUGGCGGGUUGAUGCAAGCGACCCGGGCCAUCCUCUCCCAAACGGCGGUGGCCUGCCCUGUGCCCUUCCUGCAUCCGUCCCGGCCUGGUGCCGGACACCGCCGUCGACGGUCGGGACUCGAAAACGGCCUAGCCCUGGUCAGGGAUACACGUGGUCCUCAGCUGGUGGUUGUCUGCCGAAAGUGUCGUGCAAUGCGGCAUCGCGCCGACUUGCUGUUGUCAGCGGGAAGCCGAUCCCAAAGCCCGAUGGCGGAGAGGCCGGUCACGAGACCUGUUGGGCUCGGGGGGUUGUCGCCAUCCCGGCGUGUCCUUCCGGGUGCGGUCCCGUGGAUACACGUGCCGAUGUUGUUGGUGCCCGAUAUUUCGUCGUUUUCGCGUUGUCCUCAUCUUGACCGACAAGAUACCAGCUCAGCAGGGCUGCUCACCGAUAAGUCGGCCGCCGUUUCGAAGCAGCCCACUUACGCAGUGCCGUUGGCCCUCCAGCGGCCCUCCAGCCUCCAGCUCAUUCCAGCUGGACGGUUCCAAGACACCCACUCGGUCCUGUUUGGGUUAUGGAAUGCCUCUCAGCUCAUGGGGCGGAGGCCAAAGUUCGCACGCCACAUCAACGGCCACGUGCUGGCGGGAGGCAUCGAGGUGACGGUGCGGUGCAGGUAUGUCGCGUAGACGUAUGUAAUGGCAAGCCCUUGCCACUCCCACUCCCACUCCCACUCCCACCCCCGCGGAUGGUUCUUCGCCCAUUCGACCCUCGCUGCGCUUGAUUCGGUUAGCAAACGAAGUCUAAGCAAAGGGGCUGCGUAACCAUGUAAUAUUUGCCAUCGUCGAGCCCUCGCCGGUCGCGUGUGAGGUUUCGAGACGAUGCCACGGGGUUUCGACAUCUUGAUGCUCACCUGUCUUAGCAGACUUCAUCCUUGC